AUAAAACAUUUUCAUUUUUCGUGUUGUUCGACGUAAUUAAUUUGUUCUACUCAUUAGCCAAAAAUCGGAUUGCUUUGUCAUACGGAACUUGAGAAAAAAACGAAUUUAAGUUAUUUUAAAAAAUGGAAGAACUUUUAAACGAAAUUGUACCUCAGGAAGAACUCGAGAAAUUCGAGAAAAAAUAUGCUCAUGAAUUGGAACUAGAUGGAGAAGUGACUAUAGAAACUAAAUUCGAAUACGCAAUGUGUUUAGUACGUAGCAGAUAUACAAAUGAUAUUCGUAAAGGUAUUAUGAUUUUGGAAGAUCUCUCCCGAAUACAUGCGGAGGGCAGACGUGACUACAUAUACUAUUUGGCAUUUGGCAAUGCUCGAAUAAAAAACUACUCUGAAGGCCUCAAAUACUGCAGAGCUUUUCUAGAAAUAGAAUCAAAUGAGCAAGUACGCUCUCUGGAGGAGUACAUAAAAAAGCAGAACGAUAAAGAAAUGGCAAAAGGAAUGGCUGUGGCCGGAGGAGCAGCUUUAGUGUUGGGCGGUAUUCUCGGUCUGGGUAUAGCGUUAGCUAAAAAGUAAUGAUGCGUUUCAAAUUUCAUGCCUUUUAAAGUAGGCAGAAGCGUGAAAAAUAAAUGCAGGAUUUUGCACAACAGACAAUUACAAUCGAGUAACUAAAAGUCUUCAUAAAAUUAAUAUUAUAAUAUUAUUACUUAAAAAACAGAGAAAAGUUACAUGAAAAUCGUUGCAAUCGUUUGCGUUUUGAAAGAAAUUGUGAUAUUGAAAAGAAGAAAUGUGCAUGCGUAGCAUUAUUAAAAGUAAGCAUAACAUAAUUUUAUUUCAAAUUAAGCAAAUUUUAGUAUUUAGUUACAUCAAAAAUACAAUUUUU